AUGACAGCUAAUAUGAGAACGACAGGUUAUAUUCAAAAUAGGAUUUCCAGUUGCACGUUAAACGUCCGAAAGCGGAUGAGACGAGGAUCGAGACGUUUAGGGAAAACUGCGAUCCGGUGCGGAAUCAGUUCAAGGAUGGUUCGAUCGAUGAGGGUCAUCCGUGACACAACGCUACGAUUACUCAUUCCACCGGCCAAUGAACGACUAGACGAGGCAAUAUAACGAUGGAAGAUCUCCUAACCUUCC